AUAUCCCGAUUCACACCCCCUACCCCUUGGUGGCAGUAAUGCGCCAUUGUGUUGUUUGCCGGCCGCAAAUAAAACUCGAAGAGGAAGCAGCAGGAGAACGCUAACGCUGUUGUAACAUAAAAGGGGCUCGCGCACUGAGGCUAAACAUGUCAGACUCGGAGACAAAACCAUCCAGCCAAGACGGCGGCGACAAGAAGGACGGAGAGUACAUCAAGUUAAAAGUGAUCGGUCAGGACAGCAGCGAAAUCCACUUUAAGGUGAAAAUGACGACGCAUCUAAAAAAGCUGAAGGAGUCUUACAGCCAGAGACAGGGCGUCCCAGCAAGCACGCUAAGGUUUCUGUUUGAAGGACAGAGAAUCGCAGAUAACCAAACUCCGAAAGAGCUCGGGAUGGAGGACGAGGACGUCAUUGAGGUUUAUCAAGAACAGACCGGCGGACUUUGGAAUGAUUAAAUCGCCUGCAUUUCUAAAUCUUUUCUUAUUUUUUUUUUCUUAUUUUGUAUUUUAUUUUGUAUGUACGUAUUUUUUGUUCAGUUUCAAACCAUCUGGAUCAGGGCUUCCACGCGUGAAAACAGGGAGGUGAACGGACUGAGGUAAAGAUGAGAAAAAAGGACAGUGAGUCUCUUACUCUGAAGUGCAGGGAUGCUCAUGCUGUUGACCCGAGCAAUAGAGUUCAGUAGCAUAGUAUCCAAGGUUUUUUUGGGGGGGGGGGUUUGUUUCAAUCCCGCCUUUUUGGUGUGUCAGCAGAAGGAAAACAAUGCUAUCAAGGAACAGACGGCGUCAAAGGAAGAAUCACCCAAAAAGGAAAAUAUUAUCUUCACACUCAUAACAACAAGUAGCGUUAUUAUCACAUGACAUCACACAGCGAGUGCGCUCAUACGGUUUUGCUUCAACUUUAAAGGAAAUAAACUCGCCAUGGACAUUUUUGCUCAUAAUUAUAAUUUUUUUUGAAAAAGACAGCUCCUCCUUUAUAAUUCCCAAUGUUUCAAUGCCAAACAGUAGCGUCCAAAAAGUUUAGUUUAUCAUCGGGCUGGGCUAUAAAUAUGUCACAUUGAUUUUGAGAAUUACAGAAAGCAACUGAAAUGGACAUUUUUAUGUUGAUAACAUUUUGGCCAUAUCGUCCAGCCCUAGUUUAUCAGCUAGAUUUCAAGAAGUUGUGGGUCACUGUUCUAGUCGUCGCUACAACCUAAUGUAAACUCAGGAUCAAUUUAACAACAUAAAUUUAAAUAUACUGAGGAUGUCCAGAUGUGUUUUUGUAAGUGCAUUUCAAGAUUUUUUUAUUACUCACAGUGCUUUAAAAUGCAACAAUAUGUCUCCUAAACCAGGUGAUAACGACCCAAAUAUUUGACUUAAGGAAGCCACAUGGAAAUACAAAGAAUCUUUAGGGAACUGAAGCUAAGCAAUUUUUAGAUGCACUAUUUCUCAAGUCGAUUUAUGGCAAGCAGUGAUUCAAAACUGGCAUUGUCUUGCAUUUUCUUUUAUACAGAAGUUGCAAAGCAAAUUUCACCUGCACUCCUGUUGGAAAUAUGACGGAGGAAUUUUACUCAUCCAGUUAGAUAUUAAAGAUGCAGUUAUUUGUACACAAGGCGGCUUGUUCUACGCAUCUUUUGUAUUUACAUUCAGGGCAUUUAGCAGACGAGGUUUCACAUCGACACUGUCCUCAUGAACAGCUAGAUCACUGGACGGCCUCUGUAUCUCAUUCUCAACCAUGCAGUUUCCGUGGAUCUGAAUAAUUUGCGUUUAUGACCUCUGUCCUUCAUGUCUAUAGAACUGCACCAUCGUGAAAAUGUUAAACUACGAUAAUAAUUGAGCUCAUUAUGAUAAUAUUUGAGAUUUGAAGCAUUUUUAAAAAAAAAAAAAAGAUACUUGUGCUUUACUUGUAUAUGUUGUAUUCAGUAUUUGUGUGUUUGAUUGAUUGCUAUGCCACAUGUAUCUUUAGUGUUGUCUUUUAUUUAUAUUGGAGGGUUCAUUUUGCAAGUAUAUAUAGAAAUAUAUACCUAUUCUGAAGAUAUUUUGCUCCCUGACGGUCACGGUGUUUUCAACUUGUAGGUUUCUGUCCUCCAGCAGUUUGUGCAAGAAAAUGUCUUGCAAUAUUCAGGCUUGUCAUUUACAAACAGUGACAUGUCUUUGGUGUCAGCUCCUUUUUUAAGCUUUUCUUUUUUGGGAUGAAACUCUUAACGUGUUCCGUAUAGGUUCCUCAAGAAGGUUGAAAUAAUUAGCAUUAAAUUGCACUAAUGAGAAUUUAAAGCUCUUAGCUGCCAUUUAUGCUACAAAAGCAAGAAAGCGUCCAAGAAAAAUUUCCUAAAUGAAGUGAACCAGCGAUUUGGCGAUUACUGAUCAUCUAUCGGUUUUCAUCUCCCAGAGGUGUUUGGGAUAAAGAAGAUCUGUCCCUUUAAAGGAAAACAUGGCCUCAAUUGGAUUUCCGCAGCCUGACCGUAAUUAUUUUUUCCUUUGUGCAUCAGUCAGCAGCUCAGGUGAAGGGACUGUUCAACAUUAUAGGAACAAUGAUACAGAUGGUUUGAAAUUCUGGAGAUGAGCUCUUUGCUUUUUUUGAAUAAAAUAUUUAAGAAAAAAAAACUGCA